ACGAACUCGACGGAGCAAAGCGAACGGGAAAGUAACUAACUGAUCAAGCGAACGAGCGAGUGAGAGAGAAAAAUGGUGGUUGAAGAUUCUUCAGUGUCGGUGAUUUUGGCCGUAGAGAACAUCGAUCCUAACACCACGACGAACCCUAUCCUUAAGGAGAAGUAUGUUCCGGCGAUUAAGGCUAUCUCCUCCGGUGACUAUGAAGGUCCGUCGAAGGAGGAAACGAUCAUCUCCAGUGGAAACUACUUCGCCUCGAAGAAAUCAACCACCGUAAUCCAGAAAUCGCACUUGUUCGAGAACUCUUGGACAUUUUGGUUUGAUACUCCUUCGUCGAAAUCGAAUCAAGUAACAUGGGGAAGCUCUUUGAGAUCUUUGUACACAUUCGCUUCUGUUGAGGAGUUCUGGAGUCUUUACAAUAACAUCCAUCCUCCAACCAAGUGGGUUCCAGGGGCGGAUCUUUACUGCUUCAAACAUAAGAUUGAACCAAAAUGGGAAGAUCCUAUCUGUGCUAAUGGAGGAAAAUGGACUAUGAUGUUCCCUAAAGCUACACUAGAAUCCAAUUGGCUUAACACGUUACUUGCGUUAGUUGGUGAGCAAUUUGAUCACGGAGAUGAGAUUUGUGGGGCAGUUUUGAACUUCAGAGCCAGAGGGGACAGGAUCUCUCUAUGGACAAAGAACGCUGCAGAUGAGGAUGCUCAGCUAAGCAUUGGGAAGCAAUGGAAGGAACUUGUUGGUUACAAUGACACAAUCGGAUUUAUAGUUCAUGAGGAUGCAAAGACUCUUGAUCGUGAUGCUAAAAAUCGAUAUACUGUAUGAGAUACACUUGCCGGCUUUGCAGGGAAAAGGAGAAGACUUAAGAGAACCUCUAGAUGCUUCUGAUCUAUCUUUACUGUAAAAAGAUGCACAUUUUAGUUCUCAUUUUCAACUAUGAGAAUUGGUGAAACGGGUUUGUAUCAAUGUACAUGAUUUCACUUUUUUUAGUGGUAUAAAGAAAAGGGAAAAAAUCGAUUUCUUACGUUAAUCAUUUAUCACAAUUACAUAUUUUCGAAAA